AUGACUCUCAGGUCCUGCGAGUCCCACAUCUCUGGAAUCGGGGUAGGGGACCACAAAUUCAGCGCUCACCGGAUCGUGCUGGCAGCUUCUAUCCCCUACUUCCACGCCAUGUUCACCAACGACAUGAUGGAGUGCAAGCAGGACGAGAUUGUCAUGCAGGGGAUGGAUCCCAGUGCGCUUGAGGCUCUGAUCAACUUUGCCUACAACGGUCACCUGGCCAUAGAUCAGCAGAACGUCCAGUCUCUGCUGAUGGGGGCAAGUUUCCUUCAGCUGCAGAACAUCAAAGAUGCUUGCUGCACUUUCCUCAGAGAGAGACUUCACCCGAAGAACUGUCUGGGAGUGCGGCAGUUUGCAGAGACGAUGAUGUGUGCGGUGCUCUACGACGCUGCCAACAGCUUCAUUCAUCAGCAUUUCGUGGAGGUAUCCAUGUCGGAAGAGUUCCUGGCGCUGCCUUUUGAAGAUGUCCUGGAGCUCGUUUCUAGGGAUGAGCUCAACGUGAAGUCUGAAGAGCAGGUGUUUGAAGCUGCUUUAGCCUGGAUACGGUAUGACCGAGACCAGAGAGAAUCGUUCCUACCCGAGCUCCUGUCCAAAAUCCGCCUACCCCUUUGUCGACCUCAGUUUCUCACUGAUCGCGUGCAACAAGACGACCUGGUCCGUUGCUGCCAUAAAUGCAGGGAUCUAGUUGAUGAGGCAAAAGACUAUCACCUCAUGCCAGAGCGCCGGCCACACCUCCCAGCGUUCAAGACCCGUCCUCGGUGUUGUACGUCGAUCGCGGGAUUGAUUUAUGCUGUUGGAGGACUUAACUCAGCAGGUGACUCACUGAAUGUGGUGGAAGUCUUUGAUCCCAUUGCCAACCGCUGGGAGAAGUGCCAGCCGAUGACGACGGCCCGGAGCCGAGUCGGGGUAGCGGUGGUGAACGGACUGCUCUACGCCAUCGGCGGUUACGACGGUCAGCUGAGGCUGAGCACUGUGGAGGUUUACAACCCAGAGAUGGAUUCCUGGUCCAAAGUGGAAAGUAUGAACAGCAAGCGAAGUGCCAUGGGAACGGUGGUGCUGGAUGGCCAGAUCUACGUGUGCGGCGGAUACGAUGGGAACUCAUCCCUCAACUCCGUGGAGUCCUAUUCUCCGGAAACAAACAAGUGGACGGUGGUGACCCCCAUGAGCUCCAACCGCAGCGCCGCUGGAGUCACCGUCUUCGAGGGUCGGAUCUACGUGUCAGGAGGACACGACGGCCUACAGAUCUUCAACAGCGUGGAGUACUACAACCAUCACACGGCCACCUGGCACCCGGUCUCCAGCAUGCUCAACAAGCGCUGCCGCCACGGAGCCGCCUCGUUGGGCAGCAAGAUGUUCGUCUGCGGAGGUUACGACGGUUCGGGUUUCCUCAGCAUCGCCGAAGUCUACAGCUCCAUGGCGGAUCAGUGGUACCUGAUCGUCCCCAUGAACACCCGGAGGAGCCGCGUCUCCCUCGUUGCGAACUGUGGCCGUCUCUACGCCGUCGGGGGUUACGACGGACAAUCCAACCUCAGCUCGGUAGAAAUGUACGACCCGGAGACAAACCGUUGGACGUUCAUGGCCCCCAUGGUGUGCCACGAGGGGGGGGUUGGCGUGGGCUGCAUCCCCCUCCUGACCAUCUGA